AUGGCUCUCCUUCUGUUGCUCUUCUCCCUUCCCUUUGCCUUCGGUUGUGAAUCGGUCGCCAGCACCGAGUGCGAGAAGCUUCCCUUCGUCCCAGGGCACAAUCUAGUAGGCGAAGGCUUCAACAUCGUGCAGAUGAAGACCACCGGAGCGUUUGUGGUGGAUGUGCGCAACUACAUGAGCGGCGGAGAUCACGGCAACUGCACUGCCUGUGACAACAAGCUGCUCAACCAGAAGCAGAAGUUGCCCGUUUCUGUGAUCGACUGGCGGAUCAAGGUGCAGUGCCGCCGAAGUCUCUCCGCCAAAGUGUACGAAUCGGCCAGCUCCGUUAUGGAGGACACCACCAGUGCUGCCAGUCUGAGCUGGAAGGUUGGUUUGAGUGUCCCGAUGGUGGCUGGUGUCGCUGUGGGUGGCACUCAUUCUAAAUCAGCUCGCUUCGCCAGGAGCCACGCGUCUAAAGACAAGUUCUCCUACACAAGUCACACCUUUUCCUGCCGUUAUUAUUCAUUUCGUCUUCAUGCUCGUCCUCCUCUAACCAAAGAAUUCGCCGGCUCCAUAAGUUCACUUCCUGCAAAGUUCGACAGUACAUCAGAAAGUGCGUACAACCACUUCAUCUCAAUCUACGGGACCCACUUCUUGCGGAGAGUCGAUCUGGGUGGCCGUGUGAAGUCCACCACUGCUGUAAGGACCUGCCAGGUUUCCAUGAAAGGUCUAUCGGCCAACGACGUGAGCAACUGCUUAUCGGCGGAGGCAUCCGCCAUAAUUAAGGGCGUGAAGGUUAGUGGGCAAACAGCCUACUGCAAAUCCAAACAAAAGCAACUGGAAAGAGCCAACAGCUUCAGCGCCACCUUUUCUGACCGGGUCACUGAUAUACUCGGGGGCAACGGUGAGCAGCAGGACAUCCUAUUCACUCCGAGCAACGUCAGUGGUUACGGCAAAUGGCUGGGCUCACUUAAGAAAAUCCCAGGAGUGGUGUCCUACACUUUAAGCUCGUUGCAUAUGCUCGUGAGAAACGACUCCGCUAGAAGAAGCAGUCUACAACAAGCUAUCAGCAAAUACAUCACCAAAUACGCCAUAUCAACUGCAUGUCCUCGCAACUGCAAAGUGGGAAAGCGUGAGCGCAAUUGCGCAUGCAAAUGCAACGGGCAUGUAAAUGUUAAUAGCAACUGCUGUCCGAACAAACCAGGAGUCGCCACAUUGACCGUCACCGUGGUGAGUGCUGCAGGAUUAUGGGGAGACGUCUUCUCUAAAACAGACGGUUAUGUUAAAGUCUUCUACGGCAGCCACACGGCGCAGACCCCUGUGAUCUGGAACAACAACUUUCCUCAGUGGAACUUUCGCGCAGAGUUCGGGACUGUGGAUCUGACUAAAAAAGCGAGCUUGCAAUUUCAGGUGUGGGAUCGUGACAACGGGUUUGAUGAUGACCUACUGGGAAAAGGUGCUGUUGUCCCAGAAAAAGGCGUCAAUGUGCCGAAGCGGUUUGGGUUCAAGCAUGGCUCACUCAUGAUCUCCUACAGUGCAACGUGCGGCCCAAGCCUUCAAGGGUCUUUCUGUGAAAUAUACGCUCCUACCCCAGGUGGUGAUGGUGUUCUUAACUAUUACAAUCCCUUUGGCACGGAGAGGCCUGUUUUCUUUAAAACCGAUUCAAAAAGAGAUAUGUCCUUCCUUUAA